GAGCUUCCUCAUUCUCUGACUCACACUUGUUUUUCUCUCUGCUCUCUGCUCUCUGCUCUCUGCUCUCUCUCUCUCUCUCUCUCUCUCUCUCUCUGCAUUUCACAUUCAUUUCUUGGCGUGUCUUUAAUUUCUCUGCUCCACUUCACAUUCUCUCCUCACAGCAACACAGAGAGAGAUUGCAAUGGCGGUGUUUGAGAGUAAGAGAUGGGUUACUGGUGCUUUCUUGGCGGUGCUUCUCGUGCUUUGCUUCGUUGCUGCAAUUGCUGAGAUCUCUGGAAACAGAAAUGGAGGAACAGAGGAGUUGCAGAGCUCAAGCAACUCAUCAAUGGCGGCCAGGGUGGCUGAGGAUGAUGAGAGCUUCAAUAAGCAUGCAGUUGAUGACCCAGAGGAGGUUGUUGCCAUGGUUGACAUGAGUAUCCGAAACAGCACUGAGAGAAGGAAGCUGGGCUUCUUCUCAUGUGGAACUGGCAAUCCAAUUGAUGACUGCUGGCGUUGUGAUUCAAACUGGCAGAAAAACCGCAAGCGUCUUGCAGACUGCGGCAUUGGUUUUGGCAGAAAUGCCAUUGGUGGUCGUGAUGGUCGCUUCUAUGUUGUCACUGACCCUGGUGAUGAUGAUCCUGUUAACCCCAGACCCGGUACUCUUCGCCACGCUGUCAUCCAGAACGAGCCUCUCUGGAUUGUGUUCAAGCGAGACAUGGUGAUACAAUUGAAGCAGGAGCUCAUCAUGAACAGCUUCAAGACCAUUGAUGGCCGCGGAGUCAAUGUUCACAUUGCUAAUGGAGCAUGCAUCACAAUCCAAUUUGUUACAAAUAUCAUAAUUCAUGGUCUACAUAUCCAUGACUGCAAGCCCACAGGAAAUGCUUUGGUGAGGAGCUCUCCAUCUCAUUUCGGGUGGCGGACAAUGGCUGAUGGUGAUGCUGUCUCCAUCUUCGGGUCCAGCCAUAUAUGGGUUGACCACAAUUCUCUCUCCAACUGUGCUGAUGGUCUUGUUGAUGCUGUCAUGGGCUCAACUGCAAUUACCAUUUCCAACAACCACUUUACCCACCACAAUGAGGUGAUGCUGCUGGGCCACAGUGACUCUUAUACCAGAGACAAGGCAAUGCAAGUGACAAUUGCUUACAACCACUUUGGGGAGGGACUUAUCCAAAGAAUGCCAAGGUGUAGGCACGGGUAUUUCCAUGUGGUGAACAACGACUACACUCACUGGGAAAUGUAUGCCAUUGGUGGAAGUGCAGAGCCCACCAUCAACAGCCAGGGCAACAGAUAUGCUGCUCCAACCAACCCCUUUGCAAAGGAGGUUACCAAGAGGGUCGAGACACCGACAACCCAAUGGAAGAGCUGGAACUGGAGAUCAGAAGGAGACCUGCUUCUGAAUGGUGCCUACUUCACUCCAUCCGGAGCUGGAGCUUCAGCAAGCUAUGCCAGGGCCUCAAGCUUGGGAGCCAAGUCCUCUGCCAUGGUUGGAGCCAUAACUUCAGGUUCUGGUGCACUCCCCUGCCGCAGAGGCCAUCCUUGCUAGUAUCUCAUUUCCCAUUUUUACCAAUUAUAUAGCUUCUACCCAAUUUCCACAUAUUCCAUCAAUUGAAUUCUACCCUUCAUCUUUUCCUAUUUUAAAAAAAUUUGGCAAGUGUACAUUGAUUUACACAUGUCAUUAUAUCGUCCAAUCCAUUUGCCUCCCUCCACAUUGUCUUUCUGUUAUUGGUCAACCUCGGUCUGCUUCAACUGAAAAAUACAAUGCCAUUUUUAGGAGCAGGUGCAGAAGCGUUGUUCAUAUUUUUUUUUCCUUUUGCCCCUUUCUCUUUUUGUUUUCAUUUUGGUCUCAUUCUGUUUCAUCCCAUCAUGUUCCAAGUUCUGACCACCGUUUGUGUGUCUAUCUUCUUCUUCCUCCCAGUGUCAGUGUUUUUGUCUGCAUACAUUUGGGUUUUAUAGGAUAUGAAUGAUUUUGUGGGUUUUUCCUUCUUCUUUUUUCUUUUGUCUAGAGUCUUACAAGCAAGCAAGCAAGCAAUAGUAUGAUAUGAAUGUCAAAUUUGAGUUUAUGAAAGGACGACUUUGUUUUAGUCAAUAGAGCAUAGCAGCAAUUGCAGUGAUGAUUUGUUCCUUUUUCACUUUUUAAGCUUUUUUUCUUUCUUUUUUCCUUUGGCAAAUGGCAAUGGAAGCAAUCUUUUACUUUUGGUUGUGUAAUUGUGAUUUCUCUUUUUCUAUCAUUAUGCUCAUUAUAUCAGUGUUUGUUUC